AUUAGUAAACAUUAGAAGUAUAUUAAUAAUUAGUUAUCCGCCAACUCUCGCUUAUUUUCUCAAAUGUAAGAAUAUUUUUUUUAGUUCAAUUAAUUAUUAAAUAAUUAAAAUGUUAGCAAUCAAACUGAUGAUAUUUUUAAUAACUGGAUUUUUAACAUAUGUUGUGAAAAGUGAUGUGUCGUUGUGUGAUAUUUGCCAGUGUACAGACAAUUUGUUAAAUUGCACGGAGAAAGUUUCAACUGGAAUUUUGAACCUAACGAAUUAUGAAAAUGCAUUGUUAAAUAUUGAAAUAAUGCAUUUUGAUUUUAAUAAAAUCGUUCGCGUAAAAUCGUUUCCAUCGUCAAAAGUGAAUUAUUUAUCACUCCAGCAUAAUGACAUUUCUGAAAUUGAUGACUAUGCAUUUGAAAAUUUACUAUCUCUGACUAAUCUUGAUUUAAGUUAUAACUCUUUGACAUCAGAGAUUCUUAAUUCAAAUAGUUUUAAGAUCAAUCAUAAAGAUGAUGCUAAUUUCCACGCUUCUUUAACGCAUUUAAAGUUAGAUUACAACAGUCUUAAUUCUCUUCAAGCUAAUACAUUCAAACAUCUUCGUAGAUUACAAUCUUUGUCUCUCGCAGGAAAUCCAUUUAGAGUUAUUGAUCGAUUGACUAGUUCUGCAUUAUCAUCGCUUCCAUCUUUAAAACAUUUGGAUUUAUCAAGCACAAUGUUGAAAAGUCUCCCUGAACACUUUUUAGAUAUUCCACGGUUACUAAUGUCAUUGAAUUUAUCAAAAAAUGAUUUUAAACAAGUUCCGCCAGAAUUAGCAGAAGCUCACAAGUUGAAUAGACUGGAUUUAAGCUAUAACCCCAUUAAAAACAUCUCAAACUUUCCAAAAAUACCUUGGUUGAAGAUACUUCAUUUAUCACACAUGCCAGAACUGUUGACAAUCGAAGAACGAGCUUUUAGUUUGCUUUCAAAUUUAGAAGAGUUUCACUGUUCAUAUAAUAUUAAAUUAUUUUCUAUAGCUCCUAAUGCAUUUCAAUACGAACCAAAUGAUGAUUCAGAAGGAGUGAAAUGGCCGCAAAUCGUUAAAUUAAAUUUGAAUAACAAUGCUCUAGGAUAUUUAGACAGUAAUUUGUUAAGUAGAUGGGACACCUUGAUUGAGCUUAACUUACAAGGCAACAAAUGGAUAUGUGAUUGUGAAAAUCAAUGGCUUGUUUCAACGUUAGCUCCUAUGAUUGAAUCAAAACAUCCUGAAUUACUCAAAGAUUUCACUUGUCAAGAGCCAAUUGAAAUGAGAGGGAUAUCAAUAAUUGAACUUGACCAUAGGCGUUAUCAUAUGCGAUGUUUGGACUCUUAUAAUAAUCGACCAGAAAAGGAUGGAGUGUUGCUCGUUGGUAUAUUGAUUGGUGUUAUGUUAUCCGUACCUUUUACAAUGUCAAUAAUGAUAUAUUGCGCAAAAAAUGAAAAGUCUUUAACACAUUAUCAAAGAAUGUCAAAUUUUAAAAGUUCUUUACAUCGAGAUUUCCAUUUAAGAGAAACUCCAGUAUAUCGAUCAACAUCAGUUAAUAUCAACGGAUUCUAAAUUACUUUUAUGGAAAGAAAACUUUAAAUCUAAUAAUUUUACACUAUGAUAUAUUAUUUUAAGUAUUUAUUGAACACUUAAAACUUAAUGUAAAAUCUUUUGAGAAUUGUUAUUAAUUAAUUAGUUUUAAAUUGUCUCUUUCAGUAAAAUUUCAUAUAAAUUUUAAUAACAUUUUUUAAUAAUCACUAAUAUAUUAAUAAAAAAGUUCUUUAAUUUUUACAAAAAAUUAACUUAUAAAAUUAAAAUAAUACACCAUCGAACUUUUUAGCACAUAAUAGUCUAAAUAGCAUAUUUGAAAUUUGUAUAAAAAAUGUACUAAGAUUAAAAACUUUCACUUUUGUUAUGAAAUGCUUGUAGACCGAUGCAUUCAUGAAUGAAACAUUAAGAGUUUAUAAAACUGGUUUACCUUCCUCCUUUAUUUCUUUUUGUGAUUAUAAUUGUAACGUUCAAUUUUAUUUACGUACUAAAUCAUAAUCAAAUAUAAAUAGUAAUUUUCAUACUUCAAAGGUAGCAUCAAGAUAUGAGUGUUGCACAAACAUAUUGCUCUAAGGCCUGGUUAAUUGAUUUGAUUCUGCUCUAGGCGGCAAAAUGCCUGGAAUCAAGAUGUACAAUUAUUGAGUUUAGAUACGAUUAUUCUUAGUUAUGUUCAUUGUAUUCUUAAUAAAAAAAAAAUGUAAUUUUA